GGUUCUACAGAGUCUGUACACUACGAUGGUGUAUACAACACGGUGUCACUGUAAAACGCAUCGUUGCCCAGUGUGUAACGAGGGCUCCGUCCAAUCCAGCAGGAUACAUAGGUAUCGUGCUGUGGAUGGUUCCAAGAGCAACGUGGUGGAUAUAUAUAUAGAUAGAUGGUCUUGGAAUACGAUGCACUCGGGGGAGCGGUUGACGGACAACCAACCCCUGCCGUCGAAUGCACGUUUUGGAAUCAUCUCUAUUCGAGUAUGGGUGGUACGGUACACACCCGUCCAUCGGCUAGUUGGUAGUAAUCCCAAGGAACGGAACACCCUGGGUGUAGGAAAGCCCUUUUCCUGGUUUGGUACGGUUGCGAACGAUUGUAUCGUGCUGGGUAGAUUCUUCCGGGACACGAGAUUUCCUAUGUGUAGACGGGACAUCUUCAUGUGCUAUCCGAAGUCGUCCGUACCCCCUUACACCCCCACAAAGCUCGAAGUGGGGGGGAAUCGUAGGGACGAGCUUUUCCAGGGAUUUCCGGACGAAGUGGGCGCUGCUUCGGAUACCAUACCGGCAAGGCAGUAUGGUAUUUGGCAUUCUUGGAAAGUGUGCAAGGAACGCCUCGGACUCUUCUGGUACCCAAGCCCCGCCAGUCCAGUUGGCACGAGUCGAGAGGUCCCGUCCGCGCCGGCCCCAACGUACGCGUCGUACGUACCGAAACGCACUGCAAGUCUUGGGAACGAGCCGAGUGUUGGCCGGCAUGCGGACCAGGAACCCCGGGAGCCGACGUUCCGCGACCGCGAAAGGCUUCUCGUGUCUCGCGUGCCGGACAAUUUUCGUCCAGCGGUUGAGGGGGUGCGGACAAUGUUGGGUUCCAGAAUUGCAAGCACUACGGUGUUGGUUACGGCGUUGUUGGCGUGGACCAUGCCGGAGACGCAGGCUCGUUUCACUCCGAUCGUCACGUACGCCCCCAUGACCAAGGUGACGGACGUGGCGGCGUUGGACCUCGACCAGAACGAACUGGAGCGACAACUGGGGGUCGGCGCUUUGAAUAACGCCCGUGCCGUCUACGAACGCGGCGGUAACUCGUUGUCCAUUGCCAAUCUAACCCUCGUCAACCCACCGGGUCCCAUGUCGUACCCGCAAGGAACGCAAGUUCUCGGCCGAACCAAGGGCUCGGCCAACACCACCGUUCUCGGAAUUCUAGUCGACGAAAGCGUGACGUGGGGUGCCAACCCUGGAAACGUUACCAUCCACGUGCAACCUACUCCGACUGCCAAUCCGGUGGACUCUGGACCUUUAGUGAAGCGAACCUCAACGGUUACUCACCCUUUGCCGUUCCCCUUGCUUCUUCGCGUGGCAAAUCGUAUCCCAGGCUACAAUGAUCAAGGUCAUGUUACGCUGGUGCCCCCCGGUGAAUCUGCGAAUCGCGGCGACAAGCUCGCCUACAAGUACGAUAUUCGACAGGACAACUGGAACCUGCGUACGCUCCAGAGUCUCAGUACCAACGCGGAUACUUCCAUGAGACCUUGCCCCGGAUGCCCCUUUUACGCAGACUUUCAGACCUUUGUCAACUACUACGAAACGACCGAGUACGCCGACUCGUGGAUCAUGGCGGCGGCACUCAACCGAUCCGUCGCCUUUCCCUCCGGUCGAGGAAACGCCAAUUUUGGCGCCGCCUUUACCAGCGGCAGCAAACUUGGACUCGCCGAAGCCGUCAAGAAGGGAACAGCCUACAUGAGCGUCUUUAUGCAAAUCAUUCGGGAUCUCGAAGACGCCAUGACGGACUGUGACAACAAGUGCGACCCCGACGACCUCUCCUGUCAGGAUAUUGGAGCGGAAGCGGUCCAUUCAUUGGACGCCGCUGUCGCUCUCUACGCCGGAUCGCUAGAAGGGACUGAUGGGACGGAGAACAGCGGAGUCAUGCCUUAUGCACUCGCCAACAGACGGGCCGCUGAUUUCCGCACCGGUGGACCUCAAGGCGAACGCAGCUCCGGUACCGCCCACGUCAACUACGAGGUUAUCAAGGAGUUCAAGCACGCACAGACCAGGCUCCUGGCAGAUGAGUGCAAUUUGGCGCGUCAAAACAAGUGGCGCAUUGUCAAUCUCAUGAAGGUCCCGCUGGUCCAGGGUGUCCUGCGGUACGCCUACAUGCGUGAUUUCAACAACCCCAGUGACGCGCCCACCAGAGAAAAGGAGCAAGCCGAGGGCGCCACAUUUGCCGCCGCACUCUUGCCAUUCGUGCACAAGUGCGAUACCGCAGACGCUACUUUGAUUUACAACAACAUGCGCAUCGGAUCCGAUGCGAAUAAAGUCGUCUUUGCCGAUGUCAAGGCCGCCCUGGAGCGCAACUACGGUUGCAUGGGAAUCAGCUGUCCUCUGGUGGGCGGAUUCCACAAUGGACAAGACUACGAGCUGGGUGCGACGCCGUGUACCGAAGGAACUCUACAGGGCCCCGCGGCACCCGAUUUCUCCCAAUUACCGUCCUCCAGCGGGGGUUCGGGCGGAGGUAACGCUGGUGUGGCGGUCGGCUGGAUCCUUGCGGUAUGUCUGGCUGGUGUUGUGGGCUUUAUGGCCUACCGACGAUUCGGCAAACGCAAGAACAUCGCCGACGUCAUGAAGCCGCCAGCGAACAAUUUGGCGGCCGUCUCCGAAAUCGCCUAAGAUGCACCGAGGAUAAAACUUUUAAAAGUGCAUACCAAGGAGAUACUAUAUACUAUAAGAAACUGGUUUUGAG